CCUUCGAGCGAGGUGAACGUGUUUCGUGUUAUCGUGUCACUGCAAAUCAAAGUUUACAUGUUUUUUCUGGAAAUAUUACAACAAAUCUUAUAACUGUUGUUAAUUCGGACACUAUAGUGAUUAUGUGAUAACAUCUAUUGUGCGGCGGCGGUGUAAGAUAAGGGUGUUGUUGCAUGGUGGAGGUAAGGAGACGGUGCAGACAUGGGGGACAGCUUCCUGCACCUCGGGGACAUUGUCUCCCUGUACGCAGAGGGCACUGUAUCAGGCUUCCUGAGUACUUUAGGGUUGGUAGAUGACAGGUGCGUGGUCUGCCCAGAGGCCGGCGACCUGACUGAUCCGCCUAAAAAGUUCCGGGAUUGUCUGUUCAAGAUAUGCCCUAUGAACCGAUACUCCGCUCAAAAGCAGUUCUGGAAUACUGCUAAACAGUCCGCCAAUUCUAACACCGAUACAGGACUGUUGAAGAGGUUGCACCAUGCUGCAGAAAUCGAGAAAAAGCAGAACGAGCUAGAGAACAGAAAGUUAUUAGGAACCGUCGUCCAGUAUGGCAGCGUCAUACAACUGCUGCACGUCAAGUCUAACAAAUAUCUCACUGUUAACAAAAGACUACCCGCAUUGCUGGAGAAGAAUGCCAUGCGGGUGCAUCUGGACGCGAACGGUAACGAAGGCUCGUGGUUUUAUGUUAUGCCCUUCUACAAGCUGCGGUCGACAGGCGAUAACGUGGUGGUUGGUGACAAGGUGAUUAUGAACCCCGUGAAUGCGGGUCAACAAGUCCUACACGUAUCUUCAAACCACGAACUUACUGACAAUGUUGGCUGUAUGGAGGUGAAUGUUGUCAACUCGUCGACGUCAUGGAAGGUGACGUUGUUCCUCGAACACAAGGAGAAUCAAGAGGAGAUACUGAAAGGUGGCGACGUCGUCCGUCUAUUCCACGCAGAACAAGAGAAGUUCCUCACGAUGGAUGAGUACCAGAAGCGGCAGCACGUGUUCCUGCGCACCACCGGCCGCUCUAGCGCCACCGCUGCUACCAGCAGCAAGGCGCUCUGGGAGAUCGAGGUGGUCCAACACGACCCGUGCCGCGGUGGUGCGGGCCAUUGGAACUCCAUCUUCAGAUUCAAACACCUCGCCACCGGUCACUAUCUUGCCGCCGAGGCGUGUAUAAGGCACGACGCGCCGCUAGAAGCAGGCGAGCCAGCGUAUCAGCUGGUGUCGGUGCCACACUCCUCGGAGAUAGCGACGCUGUUCGAGCUGGACCCCACCACCAUGACGCACUCCGACACACCCGUACCACAGAGCAGCUACGUCAGACUUCAGCACCUUUGCACGCAUACGUGGGUGCAUUCCACGUCUAUACCGAUUGACAAGGACGAAGAGAAGCCCGUCAUGUCCAAAGUGGGCUGCUCGGUAAUAAAAGAAGAUAAAGAAGCGUUCGCGUUGAUAUCAGUGUCACCGAGCGAGGUGCGGGACCUGGACUUCGCCAACGAUGCCUGCAAGGUGCUAUCGGCCUUGUCGACUAAACUGCAUCACGGGAACAUCGAACAUAACGAGAGGAAGGCGUUGACUUGCCUCUUGCAAGACAUAGUGUACUUUAUAGCGGGCUUCGAGAACGAGCCUAACAAGUCGGAGGCUCUCGAGUUGGUCGUCGAGAACCCCAACCGCGACCGCCAGAAGCUGUUGCGCGAGCAGUACAUACUGCGGCAGUUGUUCAAGAUACUACAGGGUCCAUUUCAAGAUACUCCCGACGGGGAUGCGUUCUUGAAGAUAGAAGAGUUGAAUGAUCUUCGCUACGCCCCCUAUAAGUACAUCUUCAGACUUUGUUACCGUAUCCUAAGGCUCAGCCAACAGGACUACAGGAAAAAUCAAGAGUACAUAGCAAAACAUUUCGGCUUCAUGCAGAAGCAAAUCGGCUACGACAUAUUAGCAGAGGACACUAUCACGGCAUUACUGCACAACAACAGGAAGCUGUUGGAGAAACACAUCACCGCAUCUGAGAUCGAGACCUUUGUUGGCCUAGUCCGCAAGAACAUGCGCACGUGGCAGUCGAGGUUCCUGGACUACCUGAGCGACCUGUGCAUCUCCAACCGCAAGGCCAUCGCAGUCACACAAGAACUCAUCUGCAAGAGUGUCCUCUGUGCCAACAACUCCGACAUACUCAUCGAGACCAGAUUGCUUUCAACCAAAUAUCACAAAAGGAAAUCCUCUGAUACAGACGACAGAGUUAAAUUCACAAUUGAAGACGGAGUCAUCCUGCUGUGGAAUAAUAAACAGAAAUCGUGCCUGCUCUCAGAGCUAGCAGCGAAGGCUCGUAUAGACCCGAACUGCGAGUCGGCGGCCAUCUUGGACUACUACAGACAUCAGUUGGACCUGUUCUCCAACAUGUGCCUCAACAGGCAGUACCUCGCGUUGAAUAGCCUGUCGCCGCAACUUAGCAUAAAUUUGAUACUCAAGUGCAUGUCAAACGCGUCGCUAUCAUCAGAAGUACGCGCUUCGUUCUGUCGUCUGAUGCUGCACCUACAUGUAGACCGCGACCCGCAGGAGCCCGUCACGCCCGUCAAGUACGCGCGUCUCUGGACCGAAGUCUGCGACCGCAUACAUAUACACGAUUACCAGUGCGUGAAAGGCGGUCCAGACGCGACGCGAGAGAAGGUGAAAGAACAGUUCGCGUCAACCAUCCGCUUCGUAGAGGACUACCUGUGCAACGUGGUGACUCGAACCUGGUACUUCAGCGACCACGAUCAGAACAAACUCACCUUCGAGGUCGUCAAACUGGCCAGGGAGCUCAUCUACUUCGGCUUCUACAGCUUCAGCGAUCUACUGCGGCUAACAAAGACGUUGCUGAGCAUCCUCGACUGUGUCACCGCCAUGGAUCUACUCAACGAGACCAACGCUCUAUCCGGCGAAGUCGAGUCCGAAGGCGGUGUCCUGCGCAGUAUCGGUGAUAUGGGAGCAGUAAUGACGUCAAUAACGUUAGGAUCUGUCGCGAGAAAUGUGGGCGGCAACACAGGGAACAACUCAGCGGGUACCAGCAUGCAGCGCAGCGCGUCUGCGCUAGUGCUGGCGAGAGAACACCCACUCGUCAUGGACACUAAGCUCAAAAUUAUUGAGAUUUUACAGUUCAUCCUAGACGUGCGGCUGGACUACCGCAUCAGCUGCCUGCUGUCAAUCUUCAAGAAGGAGUUCGAGCAGGCGGGCGACCGCAGCGCCGACAGCCUGGCGCGUGCCGAUGUCGAGGCCAUAGGGCUGCAGGCUGAGGGCAUCUUUAGUUGUCGGGAUGGAUUGGACCUGGACGAGUGUGGAGGUCGUAUGGUCCUGAGAGUGUUGCUACAACUGUGCUCGCAAGGAGCCUCCGCCGCGCUCGUGUCCGGAGCCCUGGCGCUGCUGUUCCGCCACUUCAGUCAGCGGCAGGAGGUGCUGGCUGCUUUUAAACAGGUCCAACUGUUAGUAUCAGACGCGGAUGUGGAAUCCUACAAGCAAAUCAAAGCGGACCUCGACCUGCUAAGACAGAGCGUCGAGAAAUCUGAACUGUGGGUCUUUAACAAAGGACGCGCAUUACUGGACGAACACAGUGGUGUGGUUGGCCCGGGCGGAGCGGUGCUAGAACGCAACGCGUCCCUCGACAACGUUCUAGACACUUCCAAAACCUCCAAACAUGACCACAACGAAUACAAGAAGAUCAAAGAGAUCCUGGAGCGUAUGAUAAAGUACUGCACACAAGGCAACAGCGGCGCGGGCGACACGGGACGACGACGUCGCCACGAGCAGCGCUUGCUCAGGAACAUCGGCGUGCACAACACCGUGCUCGAUCUCUUACAAGUGCCUCACGACGAAGACGACGCAGCGAUGGACGAGCUGCUGGCUCUCGCUCACGAGUUCCUGCAGCACUUCUGCUACGGCAACCCGCAGAACCAGGCCAUACUGCACAAACACCUCGACCUCUUCCUCAAUGCUGGGAUAAGAGAAGCCAAAACAGUGUGCGCGAUAUUCAAAGACAACCCGAGUCUGUGCGCUCACGAGGGCAACGAGAAGGUGGUGGCCCACUUCGUGCACUGCAUAGAGUCGCGCGGCCGCCACACCGCCUACCUGCACUUCCUGCAGACUAUAGUACAUGCAGACACGCAGUACAUACGACGCAGCCAGGACUUGGUCAUGCAAGAGAUGGUUAACGCGGGCGAAGACGUGCUGGUGUUCUACAACGACAAGGUGUCGUUCAACUACUUCAUACAGAUGAUGCGCCAGUUCCAGAACACCGGCGAGAUGCCUGAAGCGCUCAGGUACCACAUCCAGCUAGUGAAGCUGCUAACGUGCUGCACGAUGGGCAAGAACGUGUACACGGAGAUCAAGUGCCACAGCCUGCUGCCUCUCGACGACAUCGUCAACAUGAUCACGCAUCGAGACUGCAUACCUGAGGUGAAGGAAGCAUACGUCGGGUUCCUGAACCACUGCUACAUCGACACUGAAGUGGAGAUGAAGGAGAUCUACUCCAGCAACUACAUGUGGGACCUGUUCGAGCGCUCCUUCUUACAAGACAUGCAGGCCAUCUUGCAGGAUAAGGCGCCGUCCGCGAGUGCGCCGAGCACGUCGCGCGGCGAGGCCCACGGCUCGUCGCCGGCCAGCAGCGCGUGGGUCAACUACGUCACGGACGUACUCAUGCACACUAUAGGGACAUUCUUCAACUCGCCCUUCAGCGACCAGAGCACCACUGUACAGACCCGGCAGUCAAUCUUCGUGAAGCUGCUGCAGACGACGUUCAAGAUCUACCAGUGUCCGUGGUUGACGCCGCCGCAGAAACUUAACGUCGAGAAGUGCAUACGGACCCUUAGUGAAGUCGCCAAGUCCCGCAGCAUAGCCAUACCUCUAGAACUGGAGGCCAAGGUGCAGACGGUAUUCGAGAAGGCUGCCGCGUUGUCCCGGCAGACCAGCAAAUGGCUGCUGGCAUCCAAGACUAACAAACUCGAGAAGAUGGCCUCUUCCUCGAACUUACAAAACGACAGAUCGGUAAUGGAGGGUCUUCAAGAGAUAGUGGCGCUGCUAGAGGAGCAGCUGCGGCCGCUGCUGCAGGCCGAGCUGUCUCUACUAGUGGACAUACUGUACAAGCCACACCUGCUGUUCGCUAGCCCUGGCGAGCGCGCACAUAGCGACACCAGCGGGAUAUUCAUAUCCAGGCUCAUACGUCACACGGAGAAACUUCUAGAAGAGAAAGAAGAAAAGCUGUGCGUCAAGGUACUUCGCACACUCCGGGAAAUGAUGGCGGUCGAUCCCGAGUACGGGGAAAAGGGUAACCAACUCCGCAACAAGUUGCUGUCACAGUACUUCGUGAACCGCAGAUCGGAGCCCAGGAUACAACCGCCCCCCGUCGCCGUCACUCAUGGCCCUGGAGCUAAAGUGCUAAUGCGUACCGGACAAACCCUGGCGCAAGUGCAAGCUCACCUGGACAAAGAAGGUGCCUCCGAUCUGGUGGUCGACCUCGUCAUCAAGAGCACCAAUCGACAAGCUAUCUUCCUUGAGGCGAUACAGUUGGGAAUCGCCCUCCUAGAAGGCGGUAACCCCAUUAUUCAACACAGUAUAUUCACAAAACUACAAAACAACGAAAUGUCACAGGCAUUUUUCAAGGUAUUCUACGAUAAAAUGCGGGAAGCACAGCAGGAGAUCAGGUCGUUGGCUACUAGCAGCACGGCCGCUACUAAUGCGGAUAAACAAAGGAACAACCACGCUGACAAGCAGAAGCCCACCUCCGAAAAUGGUAAGACCACGCCGGGCCCGCUGGUGGUCGGCGAGGAGAUGGACGAGGAGGUAGCGACGGCCUGCGGUUCGGCUGUCAACGCGUACUCCGACAUACACACGAUGUCGCACGGGUCGACAGUUCUGGAGGAGAUAUUGGCUGAAAAGAAGCGUUCCGGCGGCAGCGCGGACGAGCUGCCGGCCAAAGUGGGCAUAAUGAAACCCAUACUGCGCUUCCUGCAGCUGUUAUGCGAGAACCACAACCCCGACCUGCAGAAUCUUCUCCGCAACCAGAACAACAAGUCCAACUUCAACCUGGUGUCGGAAACGCUCAUGUUUCUGGAUUGCAUCUGCGGGUCUACUACGGGUGGUCUCGGCCUACUCGGACUGUAUAUAAAUGAGGGCAAUGUCGCCCUCAUCAACCAAACUCUCGAGACCCUCACAGAAUACUGCCAGGGUCCAUGCCACGAAAACCAGAACUGCAUAGCGACCCACGAGAGCAACGGACUGGACAUCAUCACGGCGCUUAUCCUCAACGACAUCAACCCACUAGGCUCCACUCGCAUGGAGCUCGUGCUCGAGCUCAAGAACAACGCCUCCAAACUAUUACUUGCAAUCAUGGAGUCAAGGAACGACUCUGAGAGCAACGCCGAGCGAAUACUAUACAACAUGAAUCCCAAGCAGCUGGUAGAUGUUGCGUGCUCAGCCUUCCAUCAAGAGAACGCGAUGGACGCGGACUCGGACUCGGAUGAUGAAGCGCCCGUACAGGGCGUCUCGCCGAAGGAAGUGGGCCACAACAUCUAUAUCCUGUGCCACCAGCUGGCGACGCACAACAAAGAGCUCGCGUCCCUCGUGCGCUCCCCCGCCACCGGGGGCAACGCCGCCCCACUGCAGUACUACCGGACUCACACCGCGCAGAUAGAGAUCGUGAGAACAGACCGGAGUAUGGAACAGAUAGUGUUUCCCAUCCCGGAGAUCUGCGAGUAUCUUCCCGCAGAUAGUAAGCACAGAGUGCUGCAGAGCGCUGAGCGAGAUGACCAGGGCAGUAAGGUGGCGGACUUCUUCGGGCGGCUUGACAAUCUCUUCCACGAGAUGAAGUGGCAGAAGAAGCUCCGAGGCCAACCAUUACUGUUCUGGGUGUCUUCUUACAUGUCACUGUGGAGCAACAUAUUGUUUAAUUUCGCUGUACUCAUUAACGUUAUAGUCGCCUUUUUCUACCCAUUCCAAGAUGAACACCCCAAGCUAGGGCAGCACCUCUCCCUAGUAGUAUGGUGCGUGUCCGGCGUGGCUGCGGCGCUGGUGACAUGGUUGCCGCGAUCGUCCGGGGUCCGCACGCUGCUGGCCUCGGCCAUCGUGCGGCUCAUAUACAGCGCCGGGCCCGAGCCGACCCUCUGGUGCCUCGGUAUGCUAACCAUAGUGGUGAAGGGCGUGCACCUGGCUAGCAUAAUGGGCAACCAGGGCACGCUUUCGAAGUCGGCACGCGCAGUGGCGGGCGACCGCGAGCUGCUCUACCAUGCUCUCUACCUCGUAUUCUGCUUACUCGGGGUCUGUACGCACCCAUUCUUCUUUUCGGUCUUGCUACUGGACAUUGUGUACCGCGAAGAGACGCUGCUGAACGUGAUGCGAUCAGUGACACGCAACGGGCGGUCCAUCCUACUGACGGCCGUACUGGCGCUGGUGCUGGUGUACAUGUUCUCUAUCGUCGGCUACAUGUUCUUCCGCGACCACUUCCUCGUCACAGUCGACACCCUCGACGAUGACCCACUAUUCGACAUAAACAAGUGUUCAGACGACCCUGCGUCGAAAUACUACGGCGAUGCAGGCGCGUGCAGCAAGCCUUCACGCUUCGUGUCUGUUGGAGGUGAGCUUCGCGAGCGCAGCUGCGACUCGCUCAUAAUGUGCAUCGUGACCACGCUCAACCAGGGGCUGCGGAACGGCGGCGGCAUCGGGGACACGCUCCGGGCCCCCGCUAGCUCCGAGCCGUUGUUCGUGGCUCGCGUGGUGUACGAUCUGCUGUUCUUCUUCGUGGUCAUCAUCAUCGUACUCAACCUCAUAUUCGGUGUGAUCAUCGACACCUUCGCCGACCUGCGUAGCGAGAAGCAACAGAAAGAACUCAUACUCAAGAACACUUGUUUUAUUUGCGGACUGAACAGAUCAGCGUUCGACAACAAGACAGUGUCGUUCGAGGAACACAUCAAAAGCGAACACAAUAUGUGGCACUACCUCUACUUCAUGGUGCUGGUCAGGGUGAAGGACCCCACCGAGUUCACCGGCCCGGAGAGUUACGUGCAUUCCAUGAUUAAAUCUAACAACUUAGACUGGUUCCCGCGCCUGCGGGCGCUGUCGUUGGUGGGCGGCGGUGAGGGCGAGGGCGGCGAGCUGGAGCUGCGCAACCUGCAGGCGCAGCUGGACCGCGCGCAGGGCGCCGUCAGGACGCUCACCGACCUGCUGACCGAGCUGCGGGACCAGAUGACCGAACAGAGGAAGCAAAAGCAGCGUAUAGGGCUGCUCAAUUCUACUUCGGCGUACCUCCAGAAUUUGCAAAUGAACCUGCCACCGUAAACAACAUGCCUGUUACAACACUCGCUAGAACUGUACUUUACUACAGUGUAUUACGUUAUAUUUUUUUAAACAAAAUAUAUAUUGUCGUCUUAUACUGAAAACGUUGUAAACGCCUUUUUGAAAAAAAGUGGCUGUGACAUACGGACGGACAGACAGAAAUUAUUUUAGGGUUCCGUUUUUGCCAUUUGGCUACGGAACCCUAAAAUCACAUUUGGAUGUUAUUUUUUCAACAAAAGCACGAUUUAUGUCAAAUAAUUUCAGCCCGCGUAAAAAUUUAAUGCAUAUUUUUAUACCUUGAUUGAAUCUAACUUGUUUAUUACGUGGUUUUGUUAACAAAAAUCACAUCUGAAUGUGAUUUUAGAAAAAGGCGCUUACGAUGUUUUAAGACGACGAAGUCGAAAAUAUCAAGUCAAUCUUCGUCUCAGGCGCUGCAUAGGCCACCACUACUGAACUGCGCAGACUGCACGGUUAUGCUAUCGCGUCCGGUGCGAAUUAUAUCGCGGGCUUCAGCCAAUAACCGUACGGUAUUUAUCUAUGGAUAAAUUAACUGUGUCUAUUAGUUGAAACCUGCGGUAAUUAUCGCGUCGCGUGCACCAGUGCAACUGCUCUCUGUAAUCUACAGAGAGCUAGAGUUACACUAAUCUUGAUAUUUCCAUAUAAAAACGCAAAAUUCAAAAACCGAGGUAAAUUGUAUCACACAUCAAAAAUUUAAAUUAAGAUCCAUAAGCUUUAUACAUUCCUUAGUAGCAGUUUUGAACGAAAUCUGAUACAAUUUCAUUUAUUUUCAACUAGCAACACUGAAGCGUCCAUUUACAAAAUGUAAUGGACAAUACUGUUGCCAGUUUAAAAAAAUAUAUGUAUUUAUAUUUCUUUACAUUCAUGUAGUAAAAGUAUAUGUUCUAGCAAAAUUACACCGCAUGCUCUUUAAAUGUACUAUAAUUAUAGUACAUCGCGCAAACUCAAAAUCACUAUAAUAUUAAAUAAAUAUGACACAGGUAAUAUUGACGCAUUCAUUGACGCCGAUAAACGAUCGAAGACGUAAGAAUAAAGAAAAGUAAGGGCACAUUAAAGUAGGUACAAUUUAAGUCGUAACAUAUGGCAACUUUUUCACCGACCAAUCAUAAAGCUCAAUUGCUUUCAAAGUUGCCAUCAAAGUGAAACUUAUGUAAAAUUGUAUCUUACUAAAAUAAGUAGGUUUAAAAGUCGUUACUUAAAAGAAAACUAUUUAAGAAUUACAUGACUUGUUAGAUAUCUUUGAACACCUAGUGUCUUGGUAAAACUAGGUACGGUCACGUACUUAAGAACCCUGUCACAUUAACAUAUUUCACACUUAGUAAAGACUUUGUUUCAAUUUGUCAAAUGUGUUAAUGCGACAUGGUCUUAAAGUUUAUGCAUAUUUUAGACGUGACUGUAUAUGUAAAACAUAUCGUAUGAUAUUCGUUAGCAAUGUUACUUGUUCUAUCGUUUUAGCCAAGGAUUUGACGUUAUCUUGUUAUAACUAUUAGAAUAAUCUUAUAGUCUGUGCCCUCUUCGAUCGCCGCGACACGUUAUUUUUAAAUAUUAAUCAGAAGAGGAGAAAUGUUCCCUUUAUUAAUAGAGCUAUACAUGAUGUAUAGGGAACCCGAAAUUUUCGUAUUCUCCUUAAAAAAUACGUCAAAACGUAUGAAAAUUAUUCUUUAUCUUCGAAACUAUUUUAUUAAUUAAUGAAAUCAGAACAAAAUCACUUUGUUCGUAAUUUAGUGUUCAUAAGAAUAUGAUAGGGUGCUUACGGUCUAAUAUUAUUGGAAUCAAUUUCUUUAUUAUUCUCACACAUUAUUGUAUCAAUGCAAUAUUGUAUAGAGAAGAUUUUUUUUAUUUAUUUAGUAAUGAAGUUUCAGACUUUAUGUUAAGCCCGUAAGCUCCCUAGAUACAGGAAACUUGGAAAGUGCAAUAUAAAAUAGCUCAAAUCCUGUUACCUAUUUACUGUAGUUAGAAAAAAAAUCGAAUUUUAUUUAAAAAUCUUUUUGGAGAUCUGAAUUUUAUGUCUUGAUCGCGUGUAAGAGUUUUGUUGUACUUUCUAUACGUUAUGGCCCUACGACUCUGUAACGGUCCAACUACGCAACCCAUACAUGUCAUGUCAAAGCCCGAAUAUUUUGAAAAUUUGGCUUUAAUUCAAAUUCAAAAUUCAAAUAAUUUAUUUCAGACCAUAAUAACGUCCAUAGAAAAAAUUAAAUAAAUAAUAAUAAACACUAAAUAAGUACAAAAAUUGUUAAAAAAUAAAAGUACAAAUACAUAAAAAUUAUAAACAAGAAAAAAGAAGAAUUAAUGCUGACGUCAAAUUUCGUUUUACUGGUUGGACAUGACUGCAGUUAGCACCAUGUUUCGUUUGAGGCACUACUUGUGGGACACCGUGUAUAUUUAAAAGUACGGCGUUUGGAUUGUAACAAAUUAAUUUUGUCGUGUUACCAUGUUACCAUACCUGGUCAUAGAUUAGUCCGUUAAUUAGUCGUUUUACGACUAUUUUAAAUAUCAUUUAUAGUCUUUAAAUAUAAAACAAUUCAAAGUCGUAGGGCUACUGUAGGCUAUAUGUGGUGAUAGUGUCUGUUACUUAAAAUAUUUAGGUUAAUUUAACACGUACGGCCAUGAGCAUUAAUAUAUACACUUUGGAACCAUGUCACAUUAACUUUUCAUGACAAAUUGAACUGUAAGUCUCACUAAAUGUCAAAUAUGUUAGUGCGUCAGGGUUCUAAAGUGGAUACAUAAUAUUGCUCAUUAUUAUGACUGUACUAUAAAGAUAUAAAAAGGUUGUUCUAACGUGAGUUUAAACAUUGACGACAUCCAUAGAAAGCAAUAAUGGAUUAUACAGAUCAUUUUCUAUUAUAAAUAUACAAAAAUGUAUACAAAAUAUAAGUGGUUAAUUUUGUAUACAUUUCAAGAGAUUUAACUCGAAAUGAACUCAUGUUGUUGCCCCGAAAGCGUAUAUGUAAUGUAUACUGAUCCGAUUUUAAUUAUAUUACUUAUUUAAUAUGUUUACAUAUUUCUAAUAAGGCAUCCAGUUAAAGGGCAAAAUUAUAUAUAUUUUUUUAAAUAUACUCAUAUUAUGAACGGCGUUAGUAAAUGGAUUAUUAGCAAAAUUUUCAUCAAAAUAUCAUUUUUUCUGUAGACUGGAUGUCCACUCAAACAUAUACAUUUUAUCGUCAAUUGCAUCAAUGAAGAACAUUAUAUUUUAAUAUAAAUAAAAUUUGACUAGAUAAUCAUUUCGUAACACAUUUGCAGUGCCAUUUUCGAAGUACCAAAAUGAUAAAUAGUGUAGUGUUCGCGACGAUACUCCUUAUAUAAUAAUGUUAUGCUGUAGCCGACAUUCUUGAUAGAACCGCAAGGUAUUUUAUCAUUCAGGGAUUGAAUCAGACAUUCCGUGAAACAAUUUUAAGUAAAGAUUUCCUACUUUUUUCUUUAAAAAAAUAAUAAAGUAUCACGCUUGUGUCCUUGAAGGGGUUGGCAGAGGUGUAUAAUAUACACCCAAUCCUCGCGUUGCCUUUUGGUAUAUUUAUUUAAAGAAUAAUAGCUUGUUUCGCUUGCUUCUGACGAACUGAAAUAGCCUAACUGCCAAAUAAGUGUCCGAUAGCAAUUUAAUCGGCAGAUAAAUGCUAUCGGACGCUUGUUUGUUAGACUAUCUAUCACAGUUUAUCGCCAAGAAGCGAAUCAAGCGGUAACAGAAUAACACUAUGAGAAUAUAAGUAUCGCCGCAACAAUUACACAUUAUAUACAUCGCAUUUACAAUAUAAACCUUACAUGCCAAAUAUUAGGAGAUGUUUUAUUAUUAUUGUUAUUUUGUUGAUCUGUUUAUAAAAAAGUACUUAAGACUCUCUUCCUGCAAUCUCUUAUACUAUUUUGUAUACCUUUCGUCUUCGAUCUAAUCGACCAUUGUAUACAUUAAUAUAUAUGUAUAAUUUCCUUCAUUAUUUCCGUAUUGUCUAUUAUACGUUUAUUAUACAUUUGUUUUUAUAUAGAUUUAGUAUACUGACAAUAUAUUUAUCUGUAAAUCUGUACUUUCUAAAACUUUACUGACCAAAAUGUAACGUGUAUUUUUCUCGUGUAUUAUUAAGCAUUUUUUUAAAUAUCUUAUACUUCAAUCUUUGCAAACGCUGAAAUAGAAUGUGACUUACCUGUAUUGUAUCUCAUUUUUCUUAUGUACAAGUUUAACGUGAGAAAGAGACAAAUAUAUAGUUGUUGCUUCGUCUCAUUCGAGCAUGCACGGAUUCGUCGUAUGAGAUAACCUUUACACAUUCCUACUGUAUUUUUGUAUUAUUUAUUAAAAUUCUAUUCAAAGUUUAUAUCCUAGAUCUGUAUUUUGGAGUCUAGAAUCGUUUUCUAAAAUUAUUAUAUCUCCCUAGAUAGCUCUAGUAGUGUCGAGUAAGUUUUGUGAUCGACUAAUUGUGAUGGCCGCAAUAAAUCGUGUUUUGUUUAACUGAAAAAUAAAGAUAUGGCACAAA